AUGUUGGAUCCUUCUGAUUCAUCUUCAGCUACUCAUAUCACCAAAACAACAGAAUCUGAAGCUCAGUCAGGGACUGUUAUUCCUGAUUCCUCUCACCCUUUUUAUCUUCAUCCCUCAUAUUCUUUAGGCAUGCUCCUUGUCAACACUGUUUUUGAUGGAAAAGGGUAUGUUGGUUGGAGGAGAGGUAUCCUCAUAACCUUAUCUACUAAGAACAAGGGAGAUCUGGUUAGAACUCGAGGAAAGAGUUGGCAAAGCAAUGAACCUCAGCUUUACCACCUGCAGAAGGAAAUCAGUCAAUCAGUGCAGGGAAAUUUGGACAUUGCAGGAUACUACACCAAGCUCAAAAGGCUUUGGGAUGAGCUUGACAGCCUAGACACUUGUCAACAUUGUACCUAUGAUUGUAAUUGUGGAGGAAAGAUCAAAACAUACAAAUCUCAACAGGAUAGAAGGCUAAUUCAAUUUAUGAUGGGACUGAAUGAAGCCUACUCUGGCCCAAGAAGCAGCUUGGUUAUGCUCUCACCCUUACCCUCAAUCAACAAUGCUUACUCCUUUCUUAUCAGGGAUGAGAAGCAAAGAAAGGUGCAAAUUUCUCAGCCUACUGGAGCGAUGGCUUUCUUAGCUAGUAAGCAGCAAAUAAGUUUAAUGCAGAAAGGGAAAACUCUGAGGGAAAGAAGUCUGUUCAGUUUUGUGCUUAUUGUAAGAAGCAAAAUCAUACCAUUGAGAAUUGCUACAGGCUUAUUGGAUUCUCAUGUGACUUCAAGUUUACCAAGUCGAAAAGAUAUGCUCUAA